AGUGCUCUGGAGCGCGCUAGCACAUAUUCCCUCGGCAUGUCAAGCUACCCUUCAUCGGGCACGUCGGGCUCACUUUCUUGCUACAAAGUGCUGAAUUCUGGCCCCAAACUGUGGGAGGAAGCGUUUCCAUGUGGAAAUGUCAACACCACAUCUCCUGAUGUGAUGUGCUGUCACAAGGGCGAUCAAUGCCUUUCAGACGGACUUUGUAAAUUCACGCAUUCCCAGGAGCUUACAAGUGGAUUCUACGUUGCGCCGUGUACAAGCAAAACCGGGGAUGGCGAAGGCUGUAAACAUGGCAUAUGUGCCGAUCACGAUUGGCCCGACGUUGUGUUCGCGGAUGGACGUUGGGCGUGUUGCGGCGACUCCACCAAAGGCGGCCCAAACUGCACUCAAGUCACGAACGAGUUUUUCAACGCUCCAUCACCCUCAUCACUCGCAACGCUUUUCUCCGUCCCCCCAUCUGGCUACUUCGCAAUAAGUACUGCGAUUCAGUCUGCGUCACCGAGCGCCCCAGCUGCAAUAUCAUCGAUAGAUACGCCAGCCACAUCUCGGACCGUUCCAGGGGGAAGGUCGUCCUCAUUAUCAAUACUAUCGUCCUCGACGAGCCCCGCAACAUCAUCUCAACCACCUAAAUCGUCUACUGAACCAAUCAACGGAGGUGGCGGAAGACUGUCGAAAGGUGCAAUCGCUGGGAUCGGCGUUGGAGUGGGACUGGCGGUUAUCGUCUGUUUGGUUGGAUCACUGAUACUGUUUCGCCGGAGGAAACAGAGACAAAAAAUUCCACACCCUGGCAACAAUGAGCCACCCACUUACCCCGAAUACAAGGCAGAGUUGUCGGCGGAGCCGCCAGCUCCUAUGCUCGCUGAGUUGCCUUCCACUCCGAAGCAAUAA